AUGCAAAUCGGUGCACGGGUUCUGAAAACCAGACCUAGAAAAGCUGAUAUAGCAAAGGAACAAACUGAAGAUUGUGAUAUAAUUUGCAUGAGUUCUGCGAAUCGGUGCACCGAUUUGCAACAAAUUGAAAAAAUUGCAAAAGUGGAAAGGUACCCUUAUCCCGGCAACGUGCCCGGAAUUCCCGAGAGGACCAAUGAGUUUGCUGGCGCGUAUGCCAAACAAUGCCUUGCAGUUGCGGCUGAAUGUGGCGUCUCUUCUAUAGAUCUGUGGGGGAAAAUGCAGGAGUUUCCUGGUUGGCAAACGGCUUAUUUGAGGGAUGGAUUGCAUCUCACUCGAGAUGGGAAUAAGGUUGUGUUCGAGGAAGUGAUUGCGCGGCUAAGGGAGAAACAAAUAAGGCCCGAUACUUUGCCAUCCGAUCUCCCACUCCUAGAUGAUAUCGAUCCAAACGACCCCCUAAAGUCUUUUGAGUAG